AUGGCCGGCUUUAACCCAGUUGCUUAUCUGAAACCCUUCAAAUCAAUGUGGAAGAUCAGGGUGAAGAUCAUACGCCUUUGGAAACAGUUUACUGCUGCUGGUGGUUUAACAAUAGAGAUGGUUCUUAUUGAUGCUAAUGGUGAUAAGAUUCAUGCAACUGUGAAGAAAGAAUUGGUUAACCAGUUCGAUCCCUUUCUUGCUGAAGGGAAAACAAAGAUGAUGAUCAACUUCUCACUAAAUCACUCAUGUGGCUCCUACAGAACAACAAAUCAUCUUUACAAAAUCAGUUUCCUUGCGACUACCCGUGUCAAAAUCUGUGAGGAUUUGCCAAGAGCUAUUAAUGGGUUUCAACCUGUUAAUUACCGUGAGAUUCUUGAUGGUACACUCAACUCGGAUCAUUUGGUUGAUGUCAUAGGCCAGGUAGUGGAAGUUAGCCAAGUUGAUGUGUUGUCGGUGAAUGGAAAAGAUACCCAGAAGAUUACUUUGGAACUACGUGAUCUUGAGGAUGUUCGUCUUCCACUUGUGUUGUGGGGAAGCUUUGCUUCUGAUGUGAGUAAUGCGAUGCAGACCCGUCGUGAUGAAGCACUAAUUUGUGUGUUGAGAUUUGUGAAGAUAAAAGUAUGGAAAGAUGAAUGUAGCAUUUCAAAUGCGUAUAAUGUUUCAGAUGUCAGUUUGAAUCCAUACAUGACUGAGGUUGAAGAGUUUAAAUCUAAGUUACCAAAAGAUGAACUUUGUUUAGCUAUCGUGGAGUCCAAGCCAGUAGGCCAAGUUCUUGGUGUUUCGGACAAGGAUGAUUUUUUUGUUCACACCCCCAGGAAGACCAUUGCUGAGUUGUCUGAAUCUAGACAGGUGGAGAAGUGUAUUGUCAUGUGCACAAUUGCAGCUAUUGAUUCUGAUAUGGGCUGGUACUAUUUGAGUUGCAAAGUCUGUUCAAAGAAGGUUGUGCAAGUGCCUAACGACACUCUUGAUGAUGGAGAAGAUGAAAACGAAUUGAUGUUCAGUUACUAUUGCAACAAAUGCAAAUGUUACAACCCUAAGCUUCUCCCAAGGUACAAGUUGCAUUUGGUUGUGCUUGACAAUACUGGAAAUUCAAAAUUUCUCUUGUUUGACAACCUUGCAUUACAGUUGCUUCAUCAACCUUGCAUUGAGCUUACUGGACCUAUUAGUGAUGAGAUUCAUGGGCCAGAUGUUAUACCUCUUGAACUCCAAAACUUAGUGGGUAAGACGUACCUCUUUAAGAUUCAAAUUGAAAGAGAGAAUUAUGUCUACAAGCAUGAAACCUACAAAGUGUUGAAGAUUGUCACCAACCUUGAAAUGAUUUCUGAAUUUGAUCUGCCGGCGUCCCCUAAGGUGCCAAGGCUUUGUUUAGCUCCAUCAACCUCUGCCCUUUCAGAAGCACCAGAGGGAUCGCUCAUGUUAUCUGGUGGUUCAUCAGAGGAAGUUAGUCCAACUGAGCUAACUCCAUCUAAAAGGAGAGUGUCAACAGUUGUCAACUUGGAGGAAGAGUUUGAUCGGAAUUCGGUUACUAAAACUGCAUGCACUGUUCGAGUUAAGAAGGAGAAGAGUGAGAAAAGUGGCUAG